AUGCGGGACCCGCGGGGCGCCGUCAGUUCCUGCAGCAGCAGCCGCCGCCGCCCUGCAGCAGCAGCCGCCGCCAGGCCUACAGCAGCAGCCGCCGCCAGGGUCUGCAGCAGCAGCCGCCGCCAGAGCCUGCUGCAGCAGCCGCCGCCAGGGUCUUCAGCAGCAGCCGCCGCCAGGGUCUGCAGCAGCAGCCGCCGCCAGAGCCUGCAGCAGCACCCGCCGCCAGAGCCUGCAGCAGCAGCCGCCGCCAGAGUCUACAGCAGCAGCCGCCGCCAGAGUCUGCCGCAGCAGCCGCCGCCAGACCUGCAGCAGCUGCCGCCACCGACCCAGCAGCAGCAGCCGCCGCUCUAUCAGCAGCAGCAGCCGCCGCCGCUCUGCCGCAGCAGCUACCGCCGCCCAGCUGCAGGUGCCGCCCCUGGACCCCAGAAGCCGCCCCUGGACCCGGUACGCCUUGUGCUGCCCGUGCCUGUGCUGCCCGUGCCUGUGCUGCCCGUGCCUGUGCUGCCCGUGCCUGUGCUGCCUGUGCCUGUUGCUGCCCGUGCCUGUUGCUGCCCGUGCCUGUGCUGCCCGUGCCUGUGCUGCCCGUGCCUGUGCUGCCCGUGCCUGUGCUGCCCGUGCCUGUGCUGCCCGUGCCUGUUGCUGCGCGUGCCUGUGCUGCCCGUGCCUGUGCUGCCCGUGCCUGUGCUGCCCGUGCCUGUGCUGCCCGUGCCUGUGCUGCCUGUGCCUGUUGCUGCCCGUGCCUGUGCUGCCCGUGCCUGUGCUGCCCGUGCCUGUGCUGCCAGUGCCUGUUGCUGCCCGUGCCUGUGCUGCCCGUGCCUGUUGCUGCCCGUGCCUGUGCUGCCCGUGCCUGUUGCUGCCCGUGCCUGUGCUGCCCGUGCCUGUGCUGCCCGUGCCUGUGCUGCCCGUGCCUGUUGCUGCCCGUGCCUGUGCUGCCCGUGCCUGUGCUGCCCGUGCCUGUGCUGCCUGUGCCUGUUGCUGCCCGUGCCUGUGCUACCCGUGCCUGUGCUGCCCGUGCCUGUUGCUGCCCGUGCCUGUGCUGCCCAGGCUAGCUCCGUAGCACCACCUUUCUCCCUUCUUUUCCCUUGUAUCGCGCAGCGGGCCACCAUGAGUAAGCUGCAGAGCGACGUGCUGCGCGAGGCGAUCACGAACCUGCUGGCGGCGUCGCGCGAGAAGAACCGCAAGUUCUCGGAGACGAUCGAGCUGCAAAUCGGGCUCAAGAACUACGACCCCCAGAAGGACAAGCGUUUCAGCGGCUCCGUCAAGCUGCCGCACGUGCCGCGCCCCAAGUACCGCGUGUGCAUGCUCGGAGAUGCCCAGCACGUCGAGGAGGCGGAGAAGAUCAGUCUGGACUGCAUGGGCGUGGAGGCGCUGAAGAAGAUGAACAAGAACAAGAAGCUCGUCAAGAAGCUCGCGAAGAAGUACCACGCGUUCCUGGCGUCCGAGGCCAUCAUCAAGCAGAUCCCCAGGCUGCUCGGCCCCGGUCUGAACAAGGCCGGCAAGUUCCCCACGCUCGUUACCCACCACGAGCCGCUCGAGAGCAAGUUGUUGGAGGCGAAGUCGACGAUCAAGUUUCAGCUGAAGAAGGUGCUGUGCAUGGGCAUCGCGGUGGGCAACUGCGACAUGGAGGAGAAGCAGAUCUUCCAGAACGUGCAGCUCUCCGUCAACUUCCUCGUCUCGCUGCUCAAGAAGAACUGGCAGAACGUCAAGUCGCUGUACAUCAAGAGCACCAUGGGCAAGCCCCUCCGCAUCUACUAA